AUGCUGCCUAGAAGUAGAACCCUUCCUAGCAGAAUUCACCAAGGAAUUAUAGAAGAAAGGCAUGAUGUUAGGCACUACUUACAAGUAGAAGUGCGACCUAAUACUCAAACGGAGAGUGAAGCUAUGAAUAUUCAGCCUAACUAUUCCAACUGCUUCGAUGAUGAUGGUCGCUUGAAGAGAACAGGAACAUUUUGGACGGCAACUGCUCAUAUCAUCACUGCUGUGAUAGGGUCUGGAGUUCUUUCUCUAGCAUGGGCAGUAGCUCAGCUUGGUUGGGUUGCUGGACCUGUUGUCAUGUUUCUCUUUGCUUUGGUCAAUCUCUACACUUCCAGCCUACUAACACAGUGUUAUAGGACGGGUGACUCAGUUAAUGGGCAGAGAAAUUACACCUACAUGGAGGCAGUAAACUCCAUCUUGGGGGGAAAAAAGGUCAAGUUAUGUGGCUUGAUCCAAUAUGUCAAUCUGUUUGGAAUUGCAAUAGGGUAUACCAUUGCUGCUUCUGUCAGCAUGAUGGCCAUAAAAAGGUCGAAUUGUUAUCAUAACAGUCAUGGAAAAGAUCCCUGCCACAUGUCAAGCAAUGGAUAUAUGAUGACAUUUGGAAUAGCAGAAGUGAUUUUUUCCCAAAUCCCAGAUUUUGAUCAGAUGUGGUGGCUAUCCAUCGUUGCAGCUAUCAUGUCCUUCACUUAUUCUUCAGUUGGAUUGAGUCUUGGCGUGGCCAAAGUAGCAGAAAAUAAAACUUUUAAAGGAAGUAUGUUGGGAAUCAGCAUUGGCGCAGUGACACAAGCUGGAAUAGUAACAAGCACACAGAAAAUCUGGAGGAGUUUACAAGCUCUGGGGGCAAUGGCCUUUGCAUACUCUUUUUCCAUUAUCCUCAUCGAAAUUCAGGACACCAUAAAAUCUCCACCUGCAGAGCACAAGACCAUGAGAAAGGCCACAACGUUGAGCAUAGCAGUUACCACAGUGUUCUAUUUACUCUGUGGAUGCACGGGAUAUGCAGCCUUCGGAGACAAUGCACCUGGAAACCUCUUAACCGGUUUUGGGUUCUAUGACCCUUAUUGGCUUCUGGACAUUGCCAACCUUGCAAUUGUUGUGCACCUAGUUGGGGCAUACCAGGUUUUUUCCCAGCCUUUAUUUGCAUUUGUGGAAAAAUGGAGUGCACGUAAAUGGCCAAAAAGUGGUUUUGUCACGGCAGAAUAUGACAUACCGGUUCCCUUCUAUGGGGUGUACCAACUAAACUUCUUCCGCUUGGUAUGGAGAACCAUUUUUGUGUUGUUGACGACCCUCAUAGCUAUGCUCAUGCCUUUUUUCAACGACGUGGUUGGAAUACUUGGCGCUUUUGGGUUCUGGCCCUUAACAGUUUAUUUCCCUAUUGACAUGUAUAUUUCGCAAAAGAAGAUUGGACGAUGGACUAGUCGAUGGAUUGGACUUCAGUUACUUAGUGUUAGUUGCCUCAUUAUUUCGUUAUUUGCUGCCAUUGGUUCCAUGGCCGGGGUGGUUUUGGACCUCAAAACUUACAAGCCAUUCAAAACUAGUUAUUAA